CUCCCUCCCUCCUCCCCGCUUUACCUGGUGUCACCACCACUACGCCGGGAAGGAGCGACGAGGACACGGCUGUCCGGUUGACGUGGUGAAGGAUGCAGACGGGAAGUGGACGAUAAUGGGGUGGAUUGAAUGUCAUUGGUGAUAAAGAGGAACAGAAAGAGAGUGAGAGAGACAGAUAGACAGGCAGAGAGACAAGAGAGCGAGAGAGACAGAAAGCGUAAGGAAGUGGACAUACUCCCUCGUUCAUUAUAAUAUAACCCUCUACCACCACCACCACCAUCCCCAUCACGACCAUGGACUGGAAACGAGUCGUGGUGGUCGUCCUGUUGGCGGCGGUCGUGCUCGAAGGAAUGGCGGCCUCCAACGACAAGGAGAAGCGCUGGUCGAAGAAGAGGAAGAAGAAGACCAAGAACAAGAUGAAGUGGAAGAACCGGGCCAAGCUCAAGACGUUCGAGAGGAUGGACGGCGACGAGGACGACUUCCGUAGCACCGAGUUCCCUCCCGAGUUCCCUCCGAUGUCCGAGCUGCCCUCCGACGACCUCGCCGACAUGCAGGAGGAGGCGGUCAUGGCCGAGGAAGACGACGAUGGCAACGUGGGUGUGUCCCGACGGCGGCUGGACUCCAUACUCAUGGAAGGUCCUUCAUCGGACCGGACGCCUUACCGCCGUAGGCCUCAGGAUUCUUAUACGGAUUCCCCCUCCUUCUCUUUCUCCUCUGGUUUACCCGGUGGAGUGUCAGGAGUGCCAAAUGGAGGAGGUAUACCUGGUCUUCCUGGGCCCUUCCCGGCUCCGGGACUUCCACCACCCGAAGCUGAAGAAGAGGAGGGUGAAGGCUAUUGCCAGGUCUACAGAGGGGCAACCUGCAGCGGCUUCAUAGGCAAUCGCUCUGUGUACAUUCGUUCCCCACGUCAUUUGGCUGAUAUGGAGAAACGCUUGGCUACAGCAAUCACUGUAAUCAUCCAUUCCAAUGAUUUGUCUGCAAAAUGUGAAGAUUAUGCCAUAAAGUCUCUCUGUUAUGCUGCACUUCCCCUUUGCAAUGAAAAUAAGCCUAACCCAGAGCCCCGGCAGCUAUGUCGUGAAGAAUGUGAAAUACUGGUAAAUGAUGUUUGUAGAAUGGAGUACGUUAUUGCCAAACAACACCAGCUCAUUGGUCGACAACUUCCAAUUCCUGAUUGCGAAGACCUCUCUCCAAUUACCUCUCCUGACCAUCACUCUUGUAUUCGUUUAGGAGUACAGAGUGAACCUUUGGUUGAAGUCGACGAGAAGUGCUAUGUGGGAAAUGGUGAGAGUUACCGAGGAACUGAGAGUCGCACAGUAUCAGGUCGUAUCUGUGAACCAUGGAGUGAGAAUCAGUUGUAUGUACGAACAGCUGAUUUUCCAGAACUUAUUGGUGGACAUAACUACUGUCGGAAUCCAAGUAGGUCUGAGGACCAACCUUGGUGUUUCGUUGCAAAUGAACGCUCUGUUACCCGUGAAGUGUGUGCUGUUAGUGUUUGCAGUGAUAACACAUGGGUGUAUGUCUUGGUUGUUGCUAUUGUUGGUGGAACAGUGAUCCUUUCUUUGGUGAUUGCCCUUUGUAUGAUGCGAAGAGCCAAGUCUCCAAAGCAACCUUCACCAAAAGCAAAGACAGUGGAACUGAAUGCUUUGCUUCCCAAACAACAGCAGCUGAGAGCUCGGGAAUUUCCUUUGGCCAAUGUGAGGUUUAUGCAGGAGUUGGGAGAAGGGGCCUUUGGUAAAGUCUAUAAAGGAGAGCUGCAAGGCAUGAGCCCAGAUGGUUCCUCUGUGUUGGUAGCCAUCAAGACACUGAAAGAAAAUGCCACUGCUAAAACACGCCAAGAUUUUCACAGAGAGGUUGAGCUAAUGACUGACUUGCGUCACCCUAACAUUGUCUGCCUUCUGGGUGUUGUAAUGAAAGAAGAGCCAAUGUGCAUGUUAUUUGAACAUAUGUCACAGGGUGACUUGCAUGAGUUCCUGAUCUCUCACUCACCAAGAUCAGAUGUUUCAGCUUGCAGUGAUGACGGCAUGUCCCAGGUGGUCUUGGAGCAACCAGAUAUGCUUGUCAUUGCUACACAGAUUGCUGCUGGCAUGGAGUAUUUGGCAAAUCAUCAUUAUGUUCAUCGUGACCUGGCUUCUCGUAACUGCCUAGUUGGAGAAAAUCUUACAGUCAAGAUAUCUGACUUUGGCCUUUCGCGUGAUAUAUAUUCGUCAGAUUAUUAUAGAGUCCAAAGCAAAAGCUUGUUGCCUGUUCGAUGGAUGCCUCCAGAAUCUAUUUUGUAUGGAAAAUUCACAACAGAGUCUGAUGUGUGGAGCUUUGGUGUUGUAUUGUGGGAAAUAUUCAGCUUUGGACUGCAGCCUUACUAUGGCUACAACAACCAAGAAGUCAUUGAUAUGAUUCGAUCACGUCAUCUCUUGCCGUGUCCUGAAGAGUGCCCUCCUCGUAUAUAUGCUCUCAUGGUGGAAUGCUGGCAUGAAACUCCUAACAGAAGACCUACAUUUAGAGAAAUUCAUGGUAGAUUGAGGUCCUGGCAGGGUUUAGAUAAUGGGGGGCUGGUGGGGACCCUGAGUGGAAGUGUAUCCGGUCAUUCUGGAUCACAACACUCCAGCACCGGCCCCUCUAAUAAUACUGGUUCCACCAACCUCUCGUCUAACACCCAUCCACCGCACAUGCCACGUCCAUAUCAUCCGGGACCACCGUAUCCACCUCCGGGCCCACCACCACCACAUUCACCUGCAUACUCUGCUCCUUAUCAACCACCACCGCCACCAGGAAUGAUGCAUGGACUGUAUCCACGUUUGUCAGCUCCUACUGGACAUACACAGCCAGUGUACUUGGCUCAACGUAGUAAUGUUCUGGGUGGCUCACCUGUCACAGUCCGAGUUGCACAACCACAGAAUAUGAAUGGAGGCAAAGAAACUCAGCUGGCUAAUCUUUGAACAAGGUUAGCAUUCGAAAGGACAGCGACUUCUGUUAUCUGAAAAUAGACUGUGGAGUGUAUGAUGAUAUUAGUGUAUAUAAGAGAUUUUAAAUGUUCCAUACUAUUGAGACAAUUAUAUUAAAAGACUUGGAAAUAUAUUUUAAAGAAUUAGAGACUUCUUUUGUGAAGCACUAAUUUUACCCUUUAGUUUCUUCAUGAAAAAAUGUUUGGAACAGAAAAAUGCCAAAAAGUUAACAAAAUUUACAUCCAAACAUUUUACAUAUGCGGUCUAUGCAAGUAUUUGUAUCCUUUUUAUAUAUAAAUGCAUUUAACUGAAAUUACAAUCAGCGACAUGCCUAUUCGAAUACACAAAUUGCUACCAGAGCUCAAAUGUGGUGAAGAUUUGCCCCCUAUUUGAUUUGAUAUGUUUGUGUUUAGCACUAAAACUAAACUUCAAAGUGAUCAUGUGAGUGCUGGAACAACAAAGUAAAAACAUAUGUGAACAUGAUGAAAUUUACAGUAUACAAAUGCAUUUCUUGAAUCAAAAAGACAGUGCACUUCUGUUGAUAUAUCAAGUCAUAAACUUUUUAUCUUUAAGGUUUUAAAAGUUUCAUCCAAAUGUUCAGAUCUAGAAAAAAUGAACUAUUUUUGAUGGCCAUGCUGUUGAAACUGCACAUUGCUUGCCAUUGCUUUGUCAUCAACACCAGUUUAACAAGUUAAUCUAUUUGCUGAAAUGCAUUAAGCUUUAAUGUGAUAUUUUAAAACUUCAUGAAAAGGGUUUUCUUCUUGAAUUCCAAUACCAGUAGCUAUAUCUUUCCUUUAAUUGGGGUUGAAGCCCCCCACCCAUUAAAAAAAGAAAGAGGAGGAAGGUUUCAGAGUGGAGGAAAGUUAUUGGUUUCAUCCUGAUUCAGUUCAUAAAGCUAUGAACAAACAGUUUUCAGUGUUUGAAACUUCAAAUAAUAAUGCUGGUUAUUUUUAACUCUUAGAUUCUUAUCUACAAUGUUUUUAAUGCACCCUUUACUGAAAAUAAUCUUGAUACAUUGAUAACUGUUCCUUCUACUCCCCACUUUGUAACCAAACUCUUAUUAUAGCAAUAUUACAUGUAUUUUUCCUUAUUUGGAUAAUUAAUAUUGUUUGCACAAUGCAUUAAAUAAUACUUGUUGGAAGCUUGCAAACUCGAGAGUUCUUGUAAGAUAGUCCAUUAUUAAAUUACUGGUCAUAUAGCUCUAUGUACAGCAGCAUAAUAAUGUGUUUGGUGUUAUUGUGUAUCUCAAACAACUUAUCUGUUUGUGGGCCUUUGAUGUGCCAGAUCAAAUAGACAACUAGUUUGACAGAAACUUAUAAUACAUAAAUCAUAUAAUAUAUUAUAUAUCUGGAUACAUCUUGGCUCUAUAUAAAUGAAAAAAAAAAAACAUGGCUGUAAACUGGUUUAGGAUUUUCCCCUAAUGAUUUAUAUUUCUGCAGGCUUGCACUCUUUAGAUAAACUUGGAAAUCCUAGUCACUAGUGGAAUAGCCAUUUUGUUAGUUUUAUUUUGUGUGUUAUUAUUUCAAUGUUAGACUUUUAAACGAAGAUUUAGGAAAAGUGAUUUUUUUUUUAUAAGCAAACGAUGUCAGACUAUUGAAGGUCUUCUAUUGGUACUGAAGAUCAAUAUUAUAAAAUCAAGAAAAUGUAAAUAGUAUUGUAGAUUAUGCUAUUUAUAACAGGAACAGAUCCUUUUUAAUAAUAUACCACAUCCAGUCUUUUGUACAUGCAAGCUGUGGUAAUAUAUGGUAAAAUAAAAACACA